GUACUUUGUGUCUUAUUUUCAGUACGCGUGCUCGAAAUCUGUAUAUUUACCAAAGUCAAAAAGAAAGCCACUUUUGUUACUCAGCUUAAACGCUGAUUCCGCAGCCCCAACCCGUGGCGAAAGUUGCGCCUCUCAAGUUCAAUAGCACGAGGCGGAUCAUAACAGUAUCGCAUCUGAAGCGACGCAGCCAACGCUUCCUAUGCACUUCCCUCAUUCUUUAUUUAAAAUUUGAAAAAGGUUCAAUUUUAGGCGCCAAGUUUUGAGUGUGUUUUUUUCUUAAUUCUCUCCAGCCAGGGCUAAGUUUUAUUUUUAAAAGUGUAAUGGAAUAUUAGAAAUGAGGAACGUUGCUAUUUUGUUUGUUUUGUGCUGUGUGGCGCCGGUUGUGCUGCCGGCCAAGUAUUUGCCGAAAUGGAAGAAACAGGCAUGCGAGCUGCCAGCAGUGCAGAGCGAACACAGUCACUAUGUAUGCGACGACAAGGGCGAGCCCAAGUGCCUGCCCGGCUGGCAGGGCGACCUGUGCGACGUGCCCAUCUGCAAGAAGGGCUGCGACCCGCUGCAAGGCUACUGCAAGCGGCCAGGCGAGUGCCGCUGCAAGCUCGGGUUCUACGGAGAGCGCUGCAACAAGUGCAUCCCUCUACCGGGGUGCCAGCAUGGAUCGUGUAACGUCAGCUUCGAGUGCAUCUGCCAGGAGGGCUGGGACGGACUGUUCUGUUCUGAGCCAAUCUGCCGCUCAGACUGCCACCAGACGCGCGGUUUCUGCGAGUCUCCGGGCGAGUGCCGCUGCCGGCUGGGCUGGUCCGGGCCCACGUGCCGCGCGUGCCAGCCGCUGCCGGGCUGUCAGCACGGGUACUGCGACAAGCCGCUGGAGUGCAAGUGCCUGCCGGGGUAUACUGGGCUGUUGUGUCAGACGCCUGUCUGCGCCCCAGGUUGCCACAGUGAGCGCGGCUACUGCCGACGACCGGGAGAAUGCCGCUGCAAAGUGGGGUGGCGCGGGGAGCGCUGCGCCGAGUGCCACGCGUACCCGGGCUGCGUGCACGGCUCCUGCACCCGCCCCUGGGAAUGCAACUGCGAGCCCGGCUGGGGCGGCAUGCUUUGUGAUGAGGAGCUAAACUACUGCGAGAAAAACGCAGACGUCUGCAAGAACGGUGGUAAAUGCCAGUCCCUAGAAGCCAAUGACGGCCACUUCCGCUGUCAGUGUCCCGCAGGAAUAUCCGGGAAAACAUGCGAGGUGGUCCCGGACCACAUGACCACGACAGAGUCGGCCAACAGCACGAUCUCGGCCGAAGUGGUCGAGGUGGCCGAAAUGGCAGAAAUAGCCGAAGCGUCCAGCGGUGAAGAGGUUUUGGCCGACGCGACUAGUACGACAGAAGAACCCAGUAAUGUAGAAAAUGAGACUGAGUAGUUGUAUAGUUUAGUAUUUUACAGGUCCUAUUAUAGUGAAAAGAUAGCUAUGGUGAAAAUGUAUUUUAGGACUAUUGAAAAGAAAUAAGUACAUAGAACGAAUAAUAUUAUGUAAUGAUAUAAAUUGUGUUAUGCCCGGUUCCUCAACUGAUUCCUUUGCAUUAAAAAUACCUGUAACUACGUAUAUUAAUUCAAAAGACUAAAUUCACCUAUUGCAAGUAACUGUACCUGUACCUAUUGCAAAUGUAAUCCAAAUCAAAACAAUUUGAAGUCAGCAGUCCGUAUUAUUAAAUUAGUUUUAUAUUGUGAAUAGGAAUGGUAAUUGGUAUUGUGUGAAUGUAAUUUAUUUAGUAUGUGUGCUAUGUUUUAUUGUUUUGGUGAAGUAGUUGUGCCACAUAUAAAUCCAAAUGCAUUUAAAUACCUAAGUAACUAUUUAUUUUAGUUUUAACAUUCUGAAUGUAAGUGAGAAAAUAAACAUUGAAAUGAUAAAUG